CGCCAACCGCGAGCGCUGCUCCCGCCGUUUAACCGCCAAUACAGCGGUAGAAGCACGUAUGACAGUGACGGACUAUUUAAAUAUAUACACGCAUACGUCUCUGAAUGGACCGUUUUAAUACCGAAGUCAACUGGGGCUUUGCAAAAUGUUUUACGGGAGUGCGCUGUACUUUGCAUGCUGAACCUGACUGGUGGUACCCAAAACUAUGCUGAGAGUCUGUGUUACGAAAAAUUUUCGGAGACGUAAAUUGAAAUAGUGUUUCGGUGAUUUUUCUAUAAAACCGUGGAACUUUAUGGUGAUGUGCGGGCUGUUGUGGUAGGCAAGCUGUCGGCCAGCGACAGGCUGGGACCAGAGGCGCUGGACGCCUCCGCACACGCACUACAGCUACAGACGAUGACAUCCACAAUGGGAAUAAUGACACUCAGCCGCGGCCCGUGUGACCUCGACAACAUGAGUCUGUUCCAAGACCUCAAACUGAAGAGGCGGAAAGUUGACUCCCGAUGUAGCAGUGAUGGCGAAUCGGCAGCCGACACCAGUACGUCUUCGCCAGACCCGGGGCCGCCAUCACCGCGCAUGGCCGAGGCGGGGUGCAGUACGCCGCCUCAUCCGCCGCGUUUCGACGGCGGCGGCUCACCCUCACCUUCGCCUUCAUGCCAUCCCACCGUAAUCCGUUCAGCACCACCGUAUUCAGUCAUCAAAUUCGAAGGAACGUCUUCUGUCAAAUCAGAAAACUCUACUGUUAAUAAACAUGAAUCGACGCCUUCGCCGCAGCUCUCCUCCGUUAAGCUCGAAGCUACGCCACCAGAGCCACACCCUUACCGGCCUCGUGCUAUUGCACAACCUCAACAAAGUUCUCAUCCAGCUCUUUCACCGGGACAUUGGCCACAAGCGGCAUGUAUCAAUGGUGUCAAGCCAGAACUCAUUGGCGGUCAUUUUCCCCCACAACCGCUGGAACAAAAGGCAGGCAUGCGAGGCUCAAACCAGUGGCGAGGAGCCCCAGCUGUCAUUAUGGGUGAAUCGGGUGGAGUAAGAACAAUGUUUUGGACAUUACCAGCUCCAACGGCCGGUAAUGAACCAGCAGCAAGUGCCUCUCACACGGCCACUCCACCUACACCAGACCCCACGACGUGCAGUGAAGAAUCCGCUGCAAGAUUGCUGUUAAACCUUGGUGGUGAAUUAAGACGGCCAAAGGGACCACCCUUAAAUAUGGAAUUAUUAUGGGCAGGUGAUGUAUCACAGCUGCCAGCUCAUCAACAAAUUCAUGCGCUAAAUUUAAGCGCAGCAGCGGGAAGCGUUUCAGGAAUAACCGGCGUCCCAAGUGCGAGCUCUUUAGUGCCGAGGCCAGAGCUUAGAACUUAUGCCCCUGAAACUGAAAGGGAUGAAGAUGAACAACCUAUGAUAUGUAUGAUUUGUGAAGACAAAGCGACAGGUUUACACUACGGAAUUAUAACAUGUGAAGGUUGUAAGGGGUUCUUUAAAAGAACUGUGCAGAAUCGGCGGGUUUACACGUGCGUAGCUGAUGGUGGCUGUGAAAUCACGAAAGCUCAACGCAACAGAUGUCAGUACUGUCGAUUUAAAAAGUGUAUAGAACAAGGAAUGGUAUUACAAGCUGUAAGAGAAGAUCGUAUGCCGGGAGGACGUAACAGCGGUGCCGUCUAUAACCUAUAUAAGGUCAAAUAUAAGAAGCAUAAGAAAGCAAAUACAAAAGCUGCGACAACUACGAGCCGAGCGUCGCCACCAGAAAAGCCUAAAGAACCAGUGCCUCCUCUCCCACCCCACCUAGUUAACGGCACUAUAUUGAAGACUGCCCUAACAAAUCCCAGCGAGGUUGUACAUUUAAGAGCGAGAUUAGAAAGUGCUGUAUCAUCAUCGCGAGAUCGUGCAGUACCUUUAGAGCGGGCGUUACAUAUGAUCCGAGCUCUAAUCGACUGCGAUGCCAUGGAAGACAUUGCAACCGUCCGACAUUUGCCUGACUUACUCCACGACACUUCCGAAAUCGGCGAUAAACUAUGUAAAAUAGGCGACUCAAUUGUCCAUAAAAUGGUCGCAUGGACGAAAAAGUUACCUUUCAUCAUGGAAAUACCGAUGGAGAUACAUUCGAAACUCUUAAUGGAGAAAUGGCACGAGAUAUCAGUGUUGACGACGGCAGCGUAUCAGGCAAUGCACGGAAAACUUGCCCACGCGCCGCCCUCGUCAGACCACGAGCACGAUUUCAUGCAAGAGGUGAACGCAAACCUGAGGACGCUGCAGAGUUGCUUGACAUCGCUCAUGGGUAGACCCAUCACGUUGGAGCAGCUUCGACUGGACGUGGGGCUGGUGGUGGAGAAAAUGACCCAGAUAACCUGCGUGUUCCGCAGAAUACAGCUCAGGAUGGAAGAGUAUGUCUGCUUGAAAGUAUACAUACUUCUCAAUCAAGAAGUCGAGCUAGAAAGUAUUCAAGAUAGGUACGUGCAGGUUCUACGUAGUUACUUGGAACACGCCGCACCCCACCAUCCCGGAAGACUGCAAGAGUUGUUCGCUCGGAUACCUGAGAUUCAAGCAGCAGCGAAUCUGUUACUCGAGAGUAAGAUGUUCUACGUACCGUUCGUGUUGAACUCGGCCGAGAUCAGAUAGUAUAUGGCACAGCAGGGCGUGUAGUUCUCGAUGUACGAGAAGCCCCGAAACCAGCCAGACCCUCGCCUCACCGUCAUCAUAGUAUGACCUCCACCACAUCUGUGUUCAUCGUAGGAUUGUACGCCGGACAUCGACAAUAACUGAAUGAAUGAUUGAUCACGAACAAACAGAGCCAUCUCGCGGGGAGUGGACUCAAACAGUUCGCGGAUUACUUAAGUGACCGAAGUGCGAGUGUACCUUUGUAGAUGUGUGUUAUGGCUUAUUGUUUAGUAGAGGAAUUAAAACGUCCCAAACGACAGACUGAUUUAUGAUUAUAAAAUGCUUUUAUUUAAGUACCAGGGACUUGGAUGCGUGUUUUAUACGUGGUAGUGUACACUACUUAGUGUUAAAUAGAGUAAAAUAUAUAAUAAUGUUAAUAUUUAAAUUCGUCAAUCGGAGAAUCGCAUAAUAUAUUAUUUAUGUAAAUAUAGAAUAUAAUUAGUUUAUACAAAAUUAAUUAAGCGUUGUUUAUAGACAGAAUUGUUUCUUGUAAAUGUAAUAUUGCUGUUUUAGUUUGCAUUUUAUAUCGUAUAGUGUUAAAAAAAAAAAUAAUAAAACCGGUAGAUUUAUCGCUGGGUGUGAAUUAUCGUGAACUUUCUUUUUAAUUUUAUAUGACUUAUUAUAAGUAGCACUAAGUACCUACUCUCAGUGUUUACCAAGACUGCUUGUAUACUGUACUGUUUUUUACGCUAACACGUAGCGCCGCAGCGCUGUUUCUGUAGUCACAACUUAUGCAUUUUACUGCCAAUAUUGCACAAUACUGUGCACAUAUUAUUCUAAAUUUACUUUACUCUGGUCUAAAUAGUUAUAAGUGACCACGUCAACAAAACGUCGGUUUGUUGGUUGUAAGUUAUUGAAGCGCGCCACGACUGGCAGUGCUCCAAUUAUUUACGCAUCACAUACCUAGCUUCCUUUAUUGUGUUCAAGUGUAAUUUAUGCUCAAUAUCAUUAAUUUUCAUCAACCGUCUACAUUAUCAUACCAAAAGGCACUAUUUAAAAAACAAUAUAUAUGUCAAAUUUAUGUUUUUAUGCAAUUUUGUUGAUUGGAAGACUGCGUGGUCAUUUUGAUUUCGAACCUAUCGUAUUACUCAGGGAUGAAAGUGAUUUAUUGACAUUAAAAACCGCACGUAUCCAACUGGAUCCGAACGGGGAGCUCGGGGAACUCGGGUGACCUUAACAAAACAGCGUGCCACAAAUAUAAAGACUUGUUAUUAAAAUCGUAUUUACCAUAUCGAUUCUUGAACCAAUUUAUUUAUCUUUAUAACAUAUGUCUAACGUUUAUAUAUAUUUCACUUAUCGUUGACUUCCACAGUCUAGACCAAACUAUAUCAUUAACAUCGUCAUUGAAAAUCACAUAAAAUCAUUUAACCAUCUUUUAGCUGCAAACGUAGCUUAAUUUAGUAUUAAAUAAAGACUUAGAUUUUCUACCGUCACUGUCAACAAUCACUGCCGUACUAACUUUAUUUUCCGUUCAAUUAGAUAGUCGUCGUAUUAUAUGUGACUAGAUUUUACAAGCGAAGCAAAAUUUUUAUCACUACGUUAAAGAAACGGUAGGUGUAGUUCUUUUGAAUAAAUUAUAACUUAUAGUUUUUAAAUUCAAUGAAUUUUGGUAUUUUCAUAUCGGAAAAUUUUGUUAUGAGGUAGAAAUCUGAGAUGUUUAUAUAAGCCUUUACUCGUUAAUGUUAUGUAAUAAACGUUCCAGCAACGGUGAACAGUUACCAUUAGUGUAGGUGCGACAUACCGUUACUUUAAAAGUUUAAGUAAUUACAACCAAAAAGUUCAUUUUAAGGACUUAGGUUCUAGUUUAAUAAAUAUACAAGCCUAGAUCAGAGAUGGUUAUUUCUGUAAACAAAAAAAUUAAAAAAAAAAAACAUUUCAACCACUAAUUAAUGAUUACUACUUAAUGUUUUUCCAGUGACUUAAAAUAUAUCGGAAGGGUAGCUUGUGAUACAUGAAUAUUUUUCAUAAUAUCGUAUUAUCUAAGUUUACCGAAAUAUACAACUGCGUAUGAGAAACGUCGUGAUUUAAUGAUUGCUUUGUAAGCUCCGAUAGUUCUCGCGACGGCUGAUUCUUAUCAGAAACGAUGUCCAUACUAAGAAAUAGGACUAUUGUAGAAAAAUCCUGUUACCUGAAUGAGCGACAUACGUCGGUUCCUCAUUGUGUUACCAUUAGAUAAGUAAUAGCGUAAAGCGUUUUGUACAUUGUAAUUAGUUGGGAAAAGAAACAACCAGUUACAACACUGCCAUCAAAUGCCUAAAUAGAUAUUAAAAUAGUUUUGUUGUAUGUAUUUUUUAUUAAUUUAAUUGACAUUCUUGAAAUUAUUAGUUAAUUGUGAUAAUUGAACAGUGAUAGUUUAAUUGGUUUGAAGCGUCUCACGAUACAAUCAGCACUAUGUUUUAAUGUUCUAGUAGAUAAGUUUUGAAAGCGCGAUCGCCCCAUUCGCUACUGUAGUUAUUGACAAUUGGUUAUACAUAUAUUUAUUUAUUGAUUUAUCUAACUUAAAUUAUAAUGUAUUAGUUGAUAUAAACACCAUCUUAACGAGGGUGUUAAAUCUAAAGUCUGAGGUAAAGAUGCCUUUAUAGAUUUUUAAUCGUAAACAGAAGUCGUAAGUGAUUACAAACGCGAUUCGUGCAUCGUUCUAAUAAUGUUUUAACAGUAAUGUAAAUAAUAUGACACUUAUUUUGUUAUUAGCAUAGCGUAUUGUUAAGAUGAAAAUUAACGGCAGAGUAUCAAAGGAGAAAUAGUUUGUAAGAUGUUAUUGGCGUUGUACAAAGAAGUGUUGUUAGUAACGAUCGAAUUGGCGCAUUACUGGCGAGUACCUAAUUAGACUAGUACACUAAAGCCCACAGAGGCUUCAUAUACUUGUAUAUAAAAAAAAAAAGUUAAAAAUAGCCAUUCCCUAAGGUUACUCUUGUUUCAGGACUGGUUAACUUGUGGAUUUUUUCUUUUGAAUUGAACGUUAAACCUUUGAUAUUAUCUGAUAACUGAUUCAUGAUUGCAUUGAUGCAAAAUUGUUUAUGCUUAUACUGAUUUUUUAAUAUAAUAAUUAAUGUCGUUCUAAACGUUCUUGCUGCCGCGAAUAUAAGAUUCAAGACGACUUUUGAAUUACUUGUUAAGGAUAAUAUAAUAUUAUUUUAUAUCUAAAGAACUGAUUAUAUUAAAAUACUAAAUACACAUUCAAAAAAUAUUCAAUGAUGCAAGUGAAGCUGAAGUCGGCUUGGCAUCGCGGUAAUAUUUUGACUGAUAUGUAAUAAUAAUAAUAAUAUUAAUAAUAUUAUAUGAUCUUAAUAUAUUUGUUAGUGUGUAACAAGAACUUAAUGCAUUUCACACUUUCUUUACAGUCCCUACGACGAUAUCUAAGAUAUUGUGAGACAUAUUUUCACAUUCUUAUUGUUAGCAUAAGAUGUGUAUUAUGUUGUAUAAAAAGUAGUUCCAUGUACUUUGGUUAAAAGGAGGGUGAACUGUGUAAUGGACGUUAUAAUUAGUAACAAAUAAUACGUGUGUACAUCCUUAAGAGAAUAUAUAUUUGGAAACGUUGAUGAGUGUUUGUUGUACGUAAUUACAUGUCACAGAUAAAUAUUUGGUAUUUCAUGUAUAUAAAAUUGAUACUUUAUAUAUACUACAUGUAUCAUUUAUAUUUGAUAAUGAUAAUUUAUAUUUUAUUUUCACUAAAAUAAUGUUCUAAUACACACAGAAAGUUAUAAAACAUCAAUCGAUUCACAAACACGUGUCGCUUUUACUGAAAUUUGUAUUUUUAUAAGUUUAUAGUGAAUAAAACACGCCACAUAACCACGCAGUCUCAUACAAAGUGCCUCAAUUCCAAUAUAUAUAUAUAUAUAGAUAGAUUUCAGAGUGAUUGAGUGUGCUGCAUUUCAUAUAUGUAUUAUAAAUAGUUGGGUUCGCUCAAUACCAAGACUUACUUUCAGGACUAGCAUAUUAUAAGAUACGAUUAGUUUCUAUAACACGUAGUCAAUCAGAUAGUGUGAUUGCUGUGUUGAUCGACGGACGUUGGCUGUUGUUACAUUUGACCAAGUUAGGAUACAAUGAUUGUUGACGUUUGUAUCAAUUUACUCGUUCGAGUGGUGCGCCGGGUGUUAGUCAAUAUAUGAACUGGUUUGCCAAGAGAAGUUACCUACAGUUGUGUUUAGUUAGCGAUGCAUAACGUGUUUGUACUUUAAUUUGUUUUUUAGUUGUACUCUUGGAAAUCAAUGGUUAAUAACUUAAGAAAAUAAAAUGUAUGUGAAAUAUUA